GCCAGAGGGUCCAUGUAUAUACAGUGCAGUGAUGUCAGUGAGGGUAUAUGCUGUUCACUGGGGUGCAGAGGAGAAGGAACCAUUCUGCCUUUGGAACACUCAGGCGUUGUUGUGGAUGAGGGGACAUCUGAGUCUUGGAGGAUGGGCCCACAGCAUGGAAGGAGGGAAGGGUAUUCCAGGCCUAGGCAACAGCAUCUGGUUUGGAAGUGCCAGGGGCUUAGCGAGUUCUCCCAGUACUGAGUGACGGAGGGAAGUAGGGGAAAGCCUGGCCAUCCAUGGGGUGGGAGGUCGCUAUAGCUGCCAGGCCAGAUAGUCUGGAUUCUCUCUGAUGGCCAGUGGGGGUCGGGCGACAGGUAGUUAUGGUGGACAUUCUGCUUGGCAGGAGACCUAUUGUAGUUCAGGCUGGAGCAAGUCAGAUUCCAAUUCUGUCACUUAGUCUCUCUGAGCCUGUCUCCUUGUUUGUAAAAUGGGGACAAGAGCCCAACUUCCAGGGAGUUGUCAGAGGCACUAUUCUGCGGGGGUGGUGGGAUGGGAGUGAGAGGUACUCAGACAGACUGUGAUAGGAGGUGAGGUGACCAUGGUGGGGUUGAGAGAGAUGCUGAUGAGACUCAGUGAGAGGAGGGGAGCAGCAUUUGUCACAGAUGGGACAUGAAGGGAGAUGGAUAGACAAAGGGUAUUUCUGGUCCCUGCUCAUGGCCUGGGGUAAGGGCUGACAUUUCAGAAUGGCUAGGAAGAGUGCAAUGACCAGAGAGGCAUAACACAACACCAGAUAGUGAGAGAGACCUGGGAGGCAGGAUAGGGACUAGGACCAAAUCCGCUCUCCCAGACCUAGAGCCAGGUAAGGAGGUAGAGGAGGGACCCUGAAGGAGGUGCUGUAUGGACAAACGGAAGGCCAGGGGAGAUGGGCUGAGAGAGGGUGUGGGCCAGGGCCUGACCUAUUUGCCCCUUAAUGCCGGGGGCCUUGCUGCCUGGGUCAGACCACCCAAAAGGAGGUGGGCCAUUGUCCUUGUUAAUAAGUGAACAAAGCAGAUUAAUUUCUGCCUAACACCUGCUGUUUGGUAGAGACAGUCUCUCAAAAUGGGACAGUGCAUGGAGGAAAACAGUGAAAGUUUGGCAUUUGCUGGUAGCUUUCAUGAGUUGAGCCCUAGGUACUUCAAGAUGAAGGCUGUGAAUCAUACCCAGGGCAGCAAGGAGAUAGUCUGGUCUCAGGUGAUGUCAGGAGAUCUUGGUCAGAGCGAAGACUGAAGUAUCCCUCCUCAGAUAUUAGAGAACCAGGUGAAACUGCGAGACCACGUUAGGGUUACAACAUGGUGGUGGUAUUGGUGGGGGGGGGGCAGGGGCAGGGCCUGUUCUAGACAGAAGGACCUCAGGGUCAGGAUAAGGCGUCUGGACUUCUCUAGCAGGUGAGAGGAGCAGGGGAGGCUCUCAGCACUUUGGGGGGGAUUUGGGGCUCUGCAAAGUCUAGGCUGGAAGUGAAAGGCUAGACUAAGUAAGUGGUGCAGUUGACAGAAAUAUUCAGCAGAUAGCCUGGAAAGGACUUGAAUGCAAGCUGAGUGUGUAUCGGGAUCAAUCGUAGGUCUUUCUGCUCAUUAAGUUCAGGAAGCAGAUUGGGAAAGAGAAGUUGGUUUGGGAUAAACUAGGUCUAAAUCCAUGCGGAAUCUGCAAGUGGUGGGGGCUCAGGAGGAAGUCCUGUUUGAGGAGAGCUGUUAGAGGUUCCUGGGAUAGCGUAGAGGAGAAGAGAGCCACAGCAGACACCUAGGGACCGAAGGAGAAGCCUGAGGAGACAGAAGCGGCGAGAGAGGCUGGAGAAUGAGUCCUUCGCUGUGCCGCGGAACUGUCCGGCCGCCGGCCACCGAGGUCGAGGCCCCACCAUGGGCAACGCGCAGGAGAGGCCAUCAGAGACGAUCGACCGUGAGCGGAAACGCUUAGUCGAAACACUGCAGGCGGACUCAGGGCUGCUGCUGGAUGCGCUUCUGGCACGCGGCGUUCUCACCGGGCCCGAGUACGAGGCUUUGGAUGCGUUGCCUGAUGCCGAGCGCAGGGUGCGCCGCCUGCUGCUGUUGGUUCAGAGUAAAGGCGAGGCCGCCUGCCAGGAGCUGCUCAGCUGCGCCCAGCGUACCACGCGCGCGCCUGACCCGGCCUGGGACUGGCAGCACGUGGGCACCGGCUACCGGGAACGAAGCUACGACCCUCCAUGCCCAGGCCACUGGACGCCUGAGGCAGCCGGCUCAGGGACCGCAUGCCCUGGGCUACCUAGAGCUUCAGACUCUGAUGAGACCAGGGGUCCUGAGGACUCCGAGGCAGCGCACUCUGGAACCCUCGAGGAACCCGAGCCGGAGCUAGAAGCUGAGGCCCCUGAAGGGGCUGAGCCAGAGUUAGAACCCCAAAUGGAUCCGGAGCCAGAGGCAGAGGCAGAACCAGAGCCUGAACUGGAGCCGGAACCUGACUUUGAGGCAGGAGACGAGUCUGAAGAUUCCUGAAGGCCAUAGCGCUGUCAGGCUGUUCUACGCCCUGGCAGGAUAGGAUCUGGGAUCCUGCCCUGUUGGGGUCAGGUGCCAACAAGGCUCCACCUGGCCCAGUACCACUGAAAGUUAAUAAACUCUGGAGGGUCA